GACUCACGUUUGAAUUUCCACUGUAAUGACUACGUUUGCAACGCGUUUGUGUGGUUAUUCUGUAGUUGGUGAUACUUACAAGACCGCACUAGAUGUUUACAACUGGGUCAAGAAAAAAGAGUCUGUAGGCCCAAUUAUACAAACAGCUGAAGAUAAAGCUAUUUCUGUGAUCAAACCAAUUGUUGAAAGCGGAAUUGUCCAAAAGAUCGAUGAUAUGGCUUGUCAACAUGUUCUGGAUCGUGCUGAAGCAGCGUGCGCACAGAUUAAGAACACUUCAAAUGAAUGUAUAAUUCUACCCACUGCAAGCCGUGCCCUGAAUAUUGCUGAGGCUUGUGCUAAUCUGUAUCUUCCGAAAGAUGAUGUAAGUAUUUGCAUUUUGAAACAAAAGUUGAGUUAUCUUGAAACAUUUUGUAUUAUUUUAAAGAUUACUUAUUUAAAUUACUACUGUCAGUUUUUUUGUCUCAUAGGAUCCAAAGUUCUCUAUAGGAGGUGAUGCUACACCAACAGAACGACUCGUGCGCCUACAACAUAGAGCAUCAAUACAUGCUGUUACAUUAAUUCAUUCAACAGUUGAUCGUGCUAAUUCACUUCUGUCUACGCUUGCGACUUACGGAAGUAACCUAAAUCAAACAGUUUCAAAGGCUACCAUUAGAAAUACUCUUUCACAAGCUAUUGCUUUGUAUGAAUUAGCUUACUCUACUGCUAAGGCUGUAAGCCUUCCUAUAGUUGCACGUUGUAUUACUGUUAUUCUCGAGAAUGUUCGGAAACUUGAGGAUCAAAUUAAAGAGUCAAAAGGAAUAAACUGGAUGGAUUUGAAAAGACUAGUGACGCUCCUUGAACACAUGAAAGAACGUUUAGAUGUACAAGAACCAGUUACAGAAAUCGAACUCGAACCGAUCACUGAGAAGCCAACAUUUUCUCUCAGUUCUUAUUUUCCAAAUUUCUGGUGAUAAUGAUGAAUCCGAUACAAAUGUGAACGAUUCAUAAAUAAAUAAUAUUUUUUUAUCAUUAUUAUUACUAUUUUCAAUAUUACAAUAGAAUAGAUUUGCUUUCAUGAACUCUGUUGAUAAUAAUUUGUGUUUUUUCCUCUGCAUAAUUUUGAUUGAUAUUAUUAUUCGCAUCUAUUGAUUUGACUUCUUUUAUAAUAAAAAUAUAAGUUUAUUGUUAAAA